AUGGAGUCGAUUGAACUGCCUCCUGCAGUCGUGAACUGGCUUUUUAAAGUCCUACAACCGACAUACUUUGACGCGCGAACGACAUUCCAUGAUGUGGCUUGUACUUUAAGCACAUAUAAGCAACUUCGCCCAAGAACUAGGGUGUUUACGGAUAUUUAUGGUCGCUCCCAGCUGUUGCUGUGUCUAUAUGGCAAAAUUGGAACUGAAUAUCCGCUUCCUAUUUUAAUUUGGAUCCCUACGGAGUAUCCAAUUGUGGCGCCGCUCGUGUACCUCGACUUCGAAUCACUACAAAGCCCGCCGGUUGAUCUUGCGGGUAUUGUUGAUUCAAAUGGUAGCUUAAAUUUACCUACCCUUUCGCAAUGGAAUUCAGAACACUGCAACCUUCUUCAAUUGGUAGCUGACCUCGAUAAUUUAAGAAGUGAUUACUUUGCAAUUCCUACCCCUCUUUCAAAUCCUUCAAGUCCUCCUAUUCCUUCCAAAGAGAUAUCUGUAACUCCUGAGAUACCGGAAUUGCCCUCCAAACCUCCUAAGCCUCCAAUUAAGGAGCCUGCGUCUCUCCAUGCGAACGUUGACCGUCUCGCCUCUGAAAUUAAUAACGUUUCCAUAACAGGACAGUCACCAGCAUUACCACCUAGACCCAAUUUUUCACUUCCGAGCACACCUCAACCUCUUUCAAAUAUUCCAACUGGUGGCGCUUCAGUAUCAUCCAAUGACAUAUCUUUAUCUAGGACCUCGCCAUGUGUACCGGCCGCAGAUUCCAAACUUGCUAAUGCGGUUAGCGUAUCUCAACAAUUCCAACAGCCUGAUUUAAUGGAUCUAGGUACUGAGACGUCAGAAGAUCCAGUGCAUGUUAAAAAGAUCCAAGAAUUGCAGAAUACGCUCAAUAAGAUGGCACACAGUGAUCAAGAUACUAUACAAGAAAGUUUAGGAUCUAGAGUACUUUCAAUUAAAGUAGCUGCAGAUCAGUUCGAAACUAUAUAUCGGCAUGAAUCAGCUUCCUUGGAUAACCUCGAACAACAAAUUGAAGAAGGCAAAAAACUUUUGACCAAGGAGGUUGAAGAAACAGAUAAGGAGCUUAAGAGGGCGAGAGAAUACAUCCAGAAUUAUGGCCCGCCAGUUGACAUGUCUACAAUUCUGACUACAGAUCGAGAGGGACUUAAUCAGCUCUACUCACUUCUGGCCAAAGAUCAUGCAAUUACUGAUACUAUUCACACUUUGAAUGAGAUGCUCGGUACAGAUGAUGUCGAUUUUGACGUGUUUCUAAAGAAAGUGCGAUCUCUGGCUAGAGAACAAUUUCUUACAAGAUUUCACAUAAAUAAGAUAUUGUCAACAGUAAAUAAGUAG